GGAGCACCACAUCCUUCAGAACGGUAGCACGCGGUAGGCAGUGCACACCCUUCAGAGUUCAGGCAAAGCGACAAGACGGGGACGGAGCACCACACCAUCGCCGGCUCGGAUCGGCGUGAUGGAGGCCGGAACCGGCAGCCUGACGGCCCGCGGCAAGGGGAAGGCGCCCGGGCCGCCGCGGCCGCCGCCGAGUCGCGACGAGGCGAACGGCGGCGGGCACCGCCGUGGGUGGCAGAGGAGGAGGAGCAUCUGGCCGCGUGGCCGCGCCGUGCUCGUCGCUCUUGUCGCGAUGAUCGCCGCCGCCGCGUACCUUCUCUUCGCUGACGCCCUCCCCGUGGCGCCCCCUUCGGCCGAGUGGCUGCUCGCGGCCUAUGUUGUUUGGAUCAUCGGGCUGAACAUGCUGGUUUGGCUGAUGAACUGACGACGGGCGCGCCGGCGUUAGCGGCGGCGCAUGGUCUCUGGCGCGGCGCCGCAUGGAAGGGUCCGGCCUUCCUGGUACGUAUAGCUACUAGCUAGUAGUACCUGCGCUAGAUUUUUUUUUUACUCUUUCUUCUUAAUUUGCUUCUCCGGCCGGUGUAACAUAAGUGUAUAUUCCCUGUCUAUGCACACAUCGAUUGAGCUUAUUA